UCGCGUAAAGUUCAUCCAGCAACUUGGAGGCUGUGACCACCUACAUCACUUUUCCAACGGCUGUCCUGGACCUCGUCCCGGAUCCAACCAUGCACCUCAACGCGCACGAGUCGUGCCAUUGCCUCUUCUUGUUUUGCAUCCUCCUGAGGAGUUGCCAAGCAUUCAAGAACGACGCCACUGAGCUCCUGUUCUCACAAGCGAACGCACCAGUGCAGGAGGUUCAGAGCAACGUGUCUCUGAACCGCGCACGGACAGGCGGGAGAGGAGCAGGAGGCAGCGGUGCGGCGAAUGACAGACACGAACAAAGUCAGGUUGGAUGCAGAGAGCUGAGAUCCACUAAGUAUAUCUCUGAUGGCCACUGCACCAGCAUCAACUCCAUCAAGGAGCUGGUUUGUGCGGGCGAGUGUCUCCCAGCUCAGAUGCUUGAAAACUGGAUCGGUGGAGCCAAUGGCAGGAAGUUCUGGGGUCGCCGGGGCAGAAACCAGGACUGGCGGUGUGUCAACGACAAGACACGCACCCAGCGCAUCCAGCUUCAGUGCCAGGACGGCAGCACGAGAACUUACAAAAUCACCGUGGUCACCUCCUGCAAGUGCAAGAGGUACUCGAGGCAGCAUAAUGAGUCAGGUAACAAGUUCGAGGAGCCGGUUGUGUCGCCGCCACAGCUGCUGCACAAGCACAAAUCCAAGAGCAAAAGGAGGCCGGGGAAGAACCGACUGAGUGAGAACUGGCACGAAACUGAACCCUGAGAGCCGGUGGGCGCGCAGACAUGCACAGUGACUGGAAACCUUCAGGGGUUUUGUGUCUGAACAUCAUUGGCUGUGGAUUAUGUCUGGGACUUAAGUGAAGCUCUUUGGUAGAGAGAUUUAAGGAACACAACAAUGACUCCUUUUGGUAUUUUAAUCCAUGUGGUUAAAGAUAACGUGAACUGGACCGGGGUGUGCAGUCUGCUGAGCUCUUUGGAAACACAUUCUCCCAGCUGUAGUCCUGUGCAUGCGUUCCUAAAGUCAUUGCAUAUGCAGCCAGCGAUGUGUAGCCGACACCAGUGAAAACCAGACAUCUAAAAUACUUGUACAUAUAUCAAAUUCUUACUUCCCUUUUGAAGUAUGGCCAUGUGUAUAAAAUUCUACUAUGUAAGAUUCAUGAUGUAUGAUGUAAUAUAUUUUCUGUAACAACAUACCAGAUACAUUUUGCUUAAGUGAUGCCAGCCUGUGGGUGAACUCUGGAAAAGCUUUGAGAUCAAUCAGUCUUGUUAUAAUUUUGUAUAAAAUAAAUAUCACUUUUAUCACA